AUGCAGAGGGUUGCAGGCGGCCGCCAGGAGCGGUCCAGCUCUGGGAGGAUGCCUAAUCGCGGGGACAGACGCUCUACAGCAAUGGACUUUAGGACAAAGGGUCAGAGCUGCCUAGCGACUGGGUUGCUGAAGAACCAGGUGGCCGUGGUUACCGGCGGGGCUACGGGCAUCGGAAAAGCCAUCUCCCGGGAGCUCCUGCACCUGGGAUGUAAUGUGGUCAUUGCUUCCCGGAAUCUGGACAGAUUAAACUCUGCUGCAGAGGAACUAAGAACAUCCCUGCCUCCCUCCAGCCGAGCUCAAGUCACUGCCAUAAGAUGCAACAUCAGGAAAGAAGAAGAGGUGAAUAAUUUGGUCAGCGCCACCUUAGCUAAGUAUGGUAAAAUCAACUUCUUGGUAAACAACGGAGGAGGCCAGUUCCUGUCUCCUAUUGAAGACAUCAGUGCAAAGGGAUGGCAAGCUGUGAUCGAAACGAACCUGACAGGCACUUUCUACUUGUGUAAAGCAGUUUACAAUUCCUGGAUGAAAAAACAUGGGGGAUCUAUUGUCAAUAUCAUUGUCCUUAUUAACAAUGGGUUUCCAGCAGCCUCGCACUCUGGAGCUGCAAGAGAAGGUGUUUACAACCUCACCAAAUCCAUGGCUUUGGCAUGGGCCAGCAGUGGAGUAAGGAUCAACUGUGUUGCCCCUGGAGUUAUUUAUUCCCAGACUGCUGUUGACAACUAUGGUGAAUUGGGACAAAGCAUGUUUGAAAAGGCCUUUGAUAAUAUCCCAGCUAAGCGAAUUGGAAUCCCUGAGGAGGUCUCAUCCUUGGUGUGUUUCCUGCUGUCCCCUGCAGCAUCCUUUAUCACUGGACAGUUGGUCAAUGUGGACGGGGGCCAGUCUUUGUAUAGUCACUCCGUCAGUAUACCGGAUCAUGACAACUGGCCUGAGGGAGUUGGGGACUUUUCUGUGGUCAGGAGAAUGAAGGAAUCUUUUAAGAAGUCCAAGCUCUAA